UGAGGUAGACCAGACGCUAGUCCUCAUGCUUUAUAAAAAGCUAACAUGUAACUCACAAGAAUGAUACUAAAACCUUAACUUAAGCUCCUUAUCAAAAGGCUUUCUUUCUCCAUCACAAAUAAUGGCAAAGGUCUUGGAGGAAAAAGGCCCUGCAAGUGGGGGAGAAGAUUAUACAGAAGAUGGCACUGUGGAUAUCAAAGGCAAACCCAUUUUAAGAUUAAGCACAGGGAGAUGGAAAGCUUGUUCCUUUAUUGUUGGGUAUGAAAUAUUUGAGAGGAUGGCUUUUUAUGGAAUAGCAUCAAAUCUGGUGUUGUAUUUGACAAAGAAGCUUCAUGAAGGAACUGUGACAUCUUCAAAUAAUGUCACCACUUGGGGUGGUACUGUAUGGAUUUUACCCAUUUUAGGGGCUUAUAUUGCAGAUUCUCAUCUUGGUCGGUACUGGACUUUUGUCAUUGCAUCCAUCAUUUACUUCUUGGGAAUGACUCUCUUAACCCUAGCAGUUUCACUACCAGCUUUAAGACCUCCAUCAUGUGGAGAUGGCAUCACAGGUCAGAAUUGUGACAAGCAUGCUUCCCCAUUUCAAAAGGGUAUUUUCUAUUGUGCACUAUACAUUAUUGCAAUAGGAGCAGGUGGAACCAAGCCAAACAUCUCUACUAUGGGUGCAGACCAAUUUGAUGAUUUUGAGCCUAAAGAAAGGAAACAAAAGCUCUCAUUCUUUAACUGGUGGAUGUUUAGCAUUUUCUUUGGUACCCUUUUUUCAAACACUUUCUUGAUUUACAUCCAAGACAAUGUGGGUUGGUCACUUGGCUAUGGCCUUCCUACAGCUGGUCUUGCAGUUUCAAUCAUUGUGUUUUUGAUAGGCACUCCAUUCUAUAGGCAUAAGUUGCCUGCUGGGAGUCCAUUUACUAAGAUAGCACAGGUUUUGGUUGCUGCUAUGAGAAAGUGGAAAGUAGAUGUCCCAAAUGAUCCAAAAGAGCUUCAUGAACUUUCAAUAGAGGAAUAUCAAAAAUCUGCGAAAUUUAGAAUUGAUCACACCCCUUACUUAAGUUUCCUUGACAAAGCAGCAGUAAAGACUGGAUCAAGUAAUUCACCAUGGACGCUAUGUCCAGUCACACAGGUUGAAGAAACAAAGCAAAUGGUGAAAAUGCUACCAGUUUUACUAACGACAUUCAUACCAAGCACCACAAUAGCUCAAGUAGGAACAUUAUUCGUAAAACAAGGCACAACCCUAAAAAGAAACAUGGGACCUCAUUUUGAAAUCCCACCUGCAUGUCUAACAGCAUUUGUCACAGUCUUCAUGCUUAUAAGUCUUGUCCUCUACGAUCGUUGCAUAGUUCCAAUCCUUAGACGUUACACCAAAAACCCUAGAGGAAUCACAUUGCUUCAAAGAAUGGGAAUUGGUCUACUUCUGCAUGUUAUUAUUAUGUUCAUUGCUUGUCUAGUAGAAAGGAAAAGACUCAAUGUUGCAGAAGAACAUAACCUUCUUGCUCAGAACGAUACGAUCCCUCUUAGUAUUUUCAUACUCCUUCCUCAGUUCGCUUUGAUGGGUGUGGCUGAUUCUUUUGUAGAAGUGGCAAAGUUAGAGUUCUUCUAUGAUCAAGCGCCAGAAGGAAUGAAAAGCUUGGGGACUUCGUACUUUACAAGUAGUUUGGGAAUUGGGAGUUUUCUGAGUAGUUUUCUGUUAAAAACAGUUGCUGAGGUUACUAAGAAGAAUGGAGACAAAGGAUGGAUUUUGGACAACUUAAAUGUUUCUCACUUAGAUUAUUACUAUGCACUUUUGGGUAUUUUUAGUUUCAUGAAUUUUCUUGUAUAUGUGGUUGUUGCUAAGUUGUUUGUGUAUAAUGUUGAUGUGGAAGAUAGAGAAGGUUUGAAGGAUGGUCUAAGAUGACAAUGAAAUUACUUCUUGGAACUUUGAAAUGCAAAAAUAAUAAGAGUUAAUUUGUAAUUCCCUUGUUUUAUAAAA